CACAAGUCCCACACCUGCCCCUGUCUAACCGUCCCCUCAGAAUGACCACGGUGGCCAUGGGCCACCUGUCCGGCUCCCAGUCCCGGGAGACGGUGCCGCGUGUCCAGGUCCGAGUUUUGGAGCACAUGAACUGUGUCCGGAAUCAAACCCCAGAAUCCCGGUCCCUUCUGCCCGGAGCCGAGUCCCGGCACCCCGGAGCGGCGUGUGCGGCGGCGGCGGGCGGAGCAUCCCCCUCACGCCCUCCUUCCCUUCCCGCCUUCAGCCCGCUCGCAGGGCCCUGUGGGAGUUGUAGUUCCGACUUCCCCUCAUCCCUCAGCCCGCUCGCAUGGUCUUGUGGGAGUUGUAGUUCUGACUUCUCAUCAUCCCUCAUCCCCCAUCCCGCUCGCAGGGCAGUGUGGAGCUGUAGUUCCGCGCUGACACAGGCUCAUCGCCGCCUUCCCCUCAUCCCUCAUCCCGCUCGCAGGGCAGUGUGGAGCUGUAGUUCCGCACUGACACGGGCCCAUCCCCGCCUUCCCCUCAUCCCUCAUCCCGCUCGCAGGGCCGUGUGGGAGUUGUAGUUCCGCCCUGACGCGGGCUCAUCGCGGCUGCCGCCUCCUCGCCGCUCCCGGCCGGUCCGCGCGGGGCCAUGGCCGCCCGCUCCCUGCGGCGCCUCAGGGCGCUGCUGCCCGAGGCCGGUAAAGCGGGCACAGGCAGUUUGUAUUUCAGAGGGUCCCCCUGUGCUUUCAGCACUGCAGCUCAGCAGAGAAGUACAGGAGACGAGUGUGGCCCAGAGGAGCCCAGUGAGGAGCCCAAGCACCCCCUCUCUGACUGUGCCUUGGAGCACAAAGCCAUCAAAUUGGAGGAGCAGGUCCGAGAUCUAACUGAGAGGUACCGAAAAGCUUUGGCAGAUUCCGAGAACGUCCGGAGGAGAACACAGAAGUUUGUGGAAGAUGCCAAACUCUUUGGGAUCCAGAGUUUCUGCAGGGACCUGGUAGAGGUAGCAGACAUCCUGGAGAAGACAGCCGAGAGCGCUGCGGGCCAGGCGGAGCCCAGCGAUCCCAACCCCACCCUGAAGAAAAUCUACGAGGGCCUCUCCCUGAUCGAGGCCAAGCUGCAGAGUGUCUUUGCCAAGCAUGGCCUGCAGAAGAUGAACCCUGUGGGGGGCAGGUACGACCCCUAUGACCACGAGAUCAUCUGCCACGUGCCAGCCGAGGGCAUGCAGCCCGGCACGGUGGCGCUGGUGACGCAGGACGGCUACAAACUGCACGGCCGCACCAUCAGGCACGCGCUGGUCGGCGUGGCCGUGGAGGCACACCAGUGAUGUGCCUUCAGCUGCUCCAGCUGGGACCUGGCUGAGCUGGGGACAGUCACAGCUGCAUGUGUUUACUUAUUUAUUGAGCUGGGUUUGUGUCGUGGCACGGUUUCGGGGUCGCCGUUGGUUCUGAGGUACUUGUGUAUUUAAUAAUGCUAAAUGGAGGCUGUGGAGUAGCAGUAGGAGUGCUGCUGUCAGAAAUGUGCAGCCCCUUUCUCUGCUCAGUUCUCCAUGAAGGUUUGUAUGGAGAAGAGAGAAGAGAAAGGGAAAUCUCUUCUUGUCUCUCUGUUCCAUCUCUGAGGGAGACUCCUGCAGUGGCGUCCAGGAACUUCUCUGCUUCACUUCCCACAGCUGUAUUAAAGGACUGUAAUAAUACUGACCUACCUCACAAGGAUGUGGUGAGGCUUUUCAUGUGCAAAGCACUGGGAAAAGUCCAGAGGGAUGGAUGAGUAUUAUUAUCACCUGGAUUUGAUGUCUUCCCUUGUCCCCAGACCCUUGGAUGGGGUGAAGAUGAUCACUUGAAAUGACAUUUAGGGGCAGCUUUUUCUUACAUUGCUUCAGGAAAACAAUCUGGAAUUCAUGGAAUCUCUGUUGUACUAGAGUUGAAGGGAGAUGAGGGUUUAAAAAGAAUUCAGUUGUUCAGUCACACUAAUGUUAAUAACCCUUCUCCAGGUAAAAUUCCAGCUUGACUCCUGGUUCCCAAAGGUAAAACAGGGAAUGGUGAUUUGUGCUGGAGCCACAAAACUGUCCUCACAUCUCUUAAUCUCCAACCUAAAUGUAUGUUUUAGAGGAGAGCAAUUUCUCUUCCCUGAUGGGUAUUUGUGCAGCUUUCAAGCAUGAUAAACUAUGUGCUCUUUAUUGCAGCUGCUGGCAAAAUGGAGCUGUGCCCUUAAGCAGGAAAUCUGGACUGUUCUAUUUUCUCAGCUCUCCAGUAGAGAUCCUCAGAUUACACCAACUUCCAAUCCACUUCUGAUCCUACUUUCAAUGAUCCUGGUAAAUAUUAAACCUUUUGGGCUUAAGGAGAAAAAAAAUCUCUGCUCCAAAGUCUCAAGUGCCCUUGAAACAAUUUUAGCAGCAGUGGCAAGAAAACAAGAGAAGCAGAAGGCUGAGGAAGUGAAAGCUGACCUCGAGCUGUCCUCCUGGUUGGAGGCAUGUUGUUGUCACAGCACAUAUGUAUUUCCCACUGGCCUUAUUGCCUGGGAGUUCAUUUAUCUCAGCUGAAAGGAUGCAGUCACUGAGGAGGAUCAGAAGUUAACCCUUUGCAGAGCAGCAAGCAGUCAAAUGACAGAAGAACAGAUACAGCCACAAAACCAGGAAUGGUUGGUUUUCAGGUUGUUUCUUACUGAUUUGUUCAUUCCUUCCUUUUUACUUUCUGGAAUUGGUUCCAUAACCUGACAAAUGCACUUCCAAAAAUGCUUUACUUAGAGUGGAUGUCAUCCCUGGUUUGGAAGAAAAUUUCUUCUUCUCCCAUUCAUUUGCAGGCUUCAGCUGAAAAACCCUUUUGUGGUGGACUGCAAGAUUGUCACAGCCUUUAAUAUUGACAGUCUUUCACCUGGGGAGACUGUGGGCAGUUAGUGGCUUGGCAUCCCAGAAAUUUAAGGAACCUGCACAUUUCUAACCUGCUCCAUGUAGUGGCAGCUGUGGUGUGGGUCUGUAGUGAUCCUUUUUGGAAUCUGGGUUUGUGCCUCUGUGCAGUAGGUUCUGUGGAGAUUUCAGCCCUGAAACAGCACUUCUGGCAGCUUUAGAUGAUGGGAAAACCUCUUGUUCAGUUUCUUUUAUUAUUGUGUGUUUGGAAGUUUCAGAGAUAAACAGGACUUUUAUUCAUUUGUGCUGAGCAGGUCACCAGGGUAUGCUGUUUCUCCAGAGAAGAAUGAGUAAGAUAUGAAAUGUGGCUGUUCCUCCUCCAUGGUGAGGAACCCAUGUGCUCAGCUGGAUGGAGCAGUGGGGUCUCUGCUGCCUCUGCAGCCCCUGCUGUAUCAGCUGAGUCUUGCAGUGUCAGGGGAGAGCUGGGAACCAACUUUGAAAGUGAAACUUCAGUUGUAAGGAACCCAACAGAAGCACAGGUAUUUUACACAAGGGACAGUUUUGUGUCACAGAGAGGCUGCAGCUGGGUGUGAGCAGGAGUGAUGGGAUCCAAAUCCUUAAACUCACCCAUGGAGCCACUGAACUGUGAAAAAAACGUUACAGCCACUCAGUCCAACUUGGGUUUGCCAGCUCUGCCUGUCUCCUCAGCCAGUGCUCACCCACUUCUGCCUUAAGGAAAUACCCUAAAAUGCACUCCAGACCUUCUGUCUGUACUGAGGGAUGAUUUAUUCAGCUUCAUGUCUGGCUCUGCUCUCUCUGAGGCUCUGCAGUGUGGCUACAGCAGGGGUCUGAGGGAUGCAGCCCUUCCCACCCUCACAGAGGCCCUGCUUAAUUUGGGCCAAGUUCUUCUCCCAGUCAAACCUACGAAAUUUCUACAGGAUUCUGUCAGGUUUAAUGAUUCCUGUGAAAUUGAGCCAAUGCUGAGAGACUCACAGAUGUUACCAAAGAGAUAAAUCCUGUAGCUGUUGUUAGUCCCAGUUUCUGCUUCCUUUGAAAGGUGAAGUGAAAAUGAAAUAACCAAACCUGGAUUCCAUCACAGAAUCCAGAUUUCCCCGGUAAAUUUUGAUUCUUUUGCCUUUCAAGCACACUUAAUGAUUUUUUUUUUUUUUUUUUUGUCCUGGAUGAGAUUGUGGAAGGGUGAGUUGAAUUUCUCCUUAGUUCUUGCUGCCUUUUCUGCCCUGUUUCUAUAACUCCUGCAGGGAGGGGACUGACCCAUGAGCUGCUUCUCUGCAGUCUCUUUAUCCAGUGACUGUUGAAUAAAACACAGAAAUACAUGAACAGGGCAGGAAUAGCAGAGUAGAGGAAAUGUCAUGUACCUUUUAGCCAUUUCCACAUCUGGACAAGUCUCCAGUGACACUGUCAUGAGCAUGGCAAGAUCUGAACUCUCACCAGGAGCAGUGCAGAAUGAAAUGUUGGAAGAGCUGUGAUCACUAACAGCUCUUAGCAGUCCCUUAAUUAAAAAAAAAAAAAAAAAAAAAAAAGUAUUUAAGUUUUAUAUUGUGAAUACUGUAGUAUUUUUUUAUUUUAAAACUUGAGGUGUUUUGAUAUUACUUGCAAAGUCAAACAAACAAAGUGUUGCUAAUCUCCAAAAAUCUAAGGCCAUUGAGGUGGGAGAAAAACAUGUAUAUAUUGUAUUUUUUGUGUGUUUCUGUGUUCUUUGUGUACCCAAAGGUUCUGGCUGUAUGAAAGAGACAUGUGGGAACAGUGCAAGGAAUUGACAAGGACAUUGGAGUUGAUGUUGGAAAUGGCUGAUUUCCUUUACAUGUCCAGAUACUGUCCAUUUGCUAAUAAAACAGAAGAAUUGCAGUGA